UCAGCCGUUUUGAUCUAACGGAGGUCCGUGGAUGUAAACAAGGUCAGUUUAUUCGCUGCAGCGGGUUGACGGUCGGGUGCAGCUUCUGUUCUGUGGUUGCCUCUGCACCCAACACAGAUUAUUAAAGGCUGAACAUUUUCAAGGGGAUUUCAGUGCAGACCAGCCAAGAUGAUUCACUGUCUCCAGUUCCUCGUUGAGCCGGCCAAGAACUUCACCGUCAAGCUUAAGGAGUCUCGCAAGAAGGCAAAGGAUGAGAAGAGGGAGCCUCUGGAUGAGAGCCAAGAAUUUAUCAUGAACCUGGCCAAGGACCUGAGCAGAGUCUGCCAGAUGUCUGAGGUGUUGGAGCACAUCACCAGCUGUGAGGAUGUUUGGCCCACAUUGACCUGUAGGGCUUUUAUUCUGGAGUGGGCAUCCCUGCUGGAGAGCAAGAAAAGGCCACUGCAGACUGAUGGCUGGCCGGAGAAGAACGACUGGAAGGAGUUGGCUCUGAGCAGCGAGCAGGAUAUAGAGAGUUCGAAAAGGCUCAUCAUGACCUGGAUCAAGGACCUGAGGGCCCAGCCGGAGCAGAGCGUGUGGCCUGGUGAGCAGGUGGUGAUGGUGCUGGAGGAUCUAGAGAAGCAGUGGCGGCGAGGCCGUGUUCCAACUCUGCAGUCUGCCGUGGAGCUGAUCUUCUGGACUCUGCUGACAAAGGAGCUGGACAAGGAGACUAUUCCACAGCAGUGGCUCAUCUGGAAGCAGAAGAGUCAGAAAAUCGGUGCAACUCCUUACAUUCCUCAGAUUGUAUGGGACUGGAUCUGCAACGCUGCAGUGGAGGUGACCCUCGACCUGGACACAGCGAACCCGGACCUGCUGAUUUCAGCUGACGAGAAGCGGAUGCGCUGCGGCUUUGACCGCCAAGAUGUUCCUAAUUACCACCAGCGCUUUGAUGGCUGGUGGUGCGCUGUGGGCACAGAGGGCUUCGGCUUGGGUCGGCGUUACUGGGAAGUUGAUGUGGGAGAAAUGGACUGGAGGCUGGGUGUAGCUAAAGAGUCUGCACUACGUAAGGGCUUCAAGUCGCUCAACACCAACACGGGUUACCUGACCCUGCGGCUGGAGCGAGGUGUCGAGCUGAAGGCGCUCACUGUGCCCUUCACAGCGCUCCCAGAGUCUCUCAUUCCACGCAAGGUGGGCGUCUACUUGGAUUACGAGCAGGGCCAGCUGUCCUUCUAUGACGCCGAGCGCCACUCACACAUCUACACGUACAACGAGCGCUUCGACGAGAAGCUCUUUCCCCUCUUCGGCACGGUGGAGAUUGUUAGUGACCUGGUGAUCAGAUCCCCUGGGGACAGGGGGAACUGCCUGUGCCUUUGGGGCUGAGGGUCCUCCAUCCAAACCUGACCCACCCCCACAAUAUUCAGUGAAUGGGUAACAAGUCAUCACCUAGUGAAUGACAGAAAUCCUUAGUUAGUUCUAUUAAGCUCUAUAUAGCUCUGACCACUCAGUAAACAGUCUGUUAUUGCUGCUGCUGCUUCUGUUGUACUUGCUGUAGUACUACCUGCACCUUAUUAGAAAGCAAUCUGCAUACUUUCAUGUACUUGACAAAUGAUUAUGUAUCUGUGAUUUGUGACAUAGUAUUCCAGCCAUAAAAAUGCACUUUCUGUGAAUAAGAAGUCUGAAUAAACUUACUUAUG